UUAAUCCUCGUGGUUGAAUACAACAUUCGAGCAUAACCAAACUCCGAGAAGAACAAUAAUAAUAAGAAGAAAAAAAAACAACAAAAAACCAUUCAAAAUGGCAAAAAUCUUCUCGGUUUUGGUUAUCUGCGUAAUUGUAUUUGCUCACCAAACUUCCGCAGAGAUUCUUAAAGGCAACGCCUUAAUAAAAAACGUAUGCAAUCUAUCACCAAACAGCAAAGAUCUCUGCGUGGAAAUUCUUUCUUCCGACCCAACAAAAUCACCAAACGCCGAUCUCAAAGACCUAGCAAUCGUAGCCCUAAGAGUUGCUGCAAACAACGCUUCAGCAAUCUUGACCGACGUGAAGAUGUUGAUCGACGACGCUAAUCUAGACCCUGAAAUUCAACAAGGUUUGGCUGAUUGUAAGGAGACUAUAUUGGACGCUGAAUCUCAGCUCGAAGACACCAUUGCUGCAUUGUUGAUUGAAUCUGAUGUUGAUGCUCAGAAAUGGUUGAAGGCUGCUUUGGCUGCUAUUACAACAUGCGAUGAUUCUAUUCCCGGCAAUGAUGAUGUUUUGUCUGUCAAGAGUCACACUUUCCGCAAAUUGUGCAACAUUGUUGUUGUUAUUACCAGGGCUAUGCCUGCUUCACGCAUCUUAUAAGUUAUGUUUUAUGUGAUCUUCGUUAUGUGUGCUUAAUGGAUCGAUGCUUUUGUUUAUUUUUCAUAUCUUUUUGGGAUAUGUUAUAUGAAUCUUUUGUGAUUCUAUAGUAUGAAAAGUGUUGUUCAUUUUUCUUUUUCUUUUUAUUUUGGUUUGUAUUUUGUUAAAUGGGAAGGAAGAAACUUAGAAAAUAAAGUUUUGAUUCAUAUGCGAAAA